AUGCAGAGCUUUACAUUUGCGCCGCCAACUCUGGCACCGCGCGAGAAUCAGCGCAAUUACGUCUUUGUCGACGAGCAUAACAGGCACAAGCGCCUUAAAGUCAUGAGAGCCUGUGAAGGCUGUCGGAGGCGCAAGAUCAAAUGCGAUGCCGCGACGACGAAUGCAUGGCCCUGUGCUGCGUGCAUUCGUUUGAAGCUAAACUGCGUACCUCCAACAGUCAGCUACGACAAAGACUACAAUGCAAACACCCAGACCUACGAACUCGAAGAAAAGCCGCUAGAAUACGCUACUGCGCCUAACCCGCAGCACAACUUCCAGCGCCCACCCGUGAUGCCGGGAUCCCAAGGACUGUCAUCGCACAUGACGAGCACCAUGGCGACCUCGGUCACUGCACCCUAUCAAGACGGAAUGCGCAUGUAUCAAAAUGCGCCAUAUGGCGAACAGCAGCCUCACGAUCAUAUACAGUAUGCGUCUCUACCGCAGCAACAGGUUGUACAGCAGAAUAUGAAUUAUCCUCCGCAAAUGUACUCGGACACACCACCGCCUGCUCCAACAAUGACCAUGACCCCUCCCGAAUCCGAAGGGCAAUGGAAGCAAGAUCCCAGCUCCAAUUUAGCGGACGCUCUAGGCGAGUUGAAGAUCGACCACACGGCAGUCGCCCCCUGGAUCACCAGUCAAAGAAAAACCCUCGCCGAGACACCUGCAUUAGAAGAUUUUGAGGUCCAACUGCCACCACUGACAACCUUGGACAACACAGUGCGGAUACCACCAGAAAUGAUGCCUUCCGAAGAACAAGCAUUGCAUUACUUUGAUUAUUACUUCGACAACGUUCACCCGUACUUUCCUGUGGUCAACAAGACUUCGUUUUAUCAACAGUGGCAGGGAGCACGCGAGUCAUUGUCACCUCUUAUGUUGGAAGCGAUCUUUGCCUGUGCAUCGCUAAUGCUAGGAGAUGACACCGAAGGUCACAGAUGGUUGGCGCUUGCAGCAAAACAUGAAGAAAGCUUCAAAGACGUCCCAAGGCUGAGCACGAUGCAAGCUAUGCUUCUCCUCUUGAAGGCUCGUGAAGCUUCUCCCAAAAGAGGCUACUUCUGGCGCUCAUGGAUGACGGUGGUCAAUCUUGUUGCUAUGGGCAAGGGUCUGGAACUUGAUGAACAUUACGAGAAUCACCAGCUUGGGAAGUCAUGCGGAUCCAACAUCCACGACUGCGUUACGAAGACGCACGUAUGGCACAUGCUGUUCAUAUUGGAAGUGAUGGUUGGUGGCCCUCAAGGACGGACCAACUUCCAGGUCGAGCUGGACUCAAUUGAUUUUGACAUGCCACGUCCCAUACCCGGCUUGGAUCCCUACGAGCUACAGGUCUCUCGUCAAUUCACACAGUACGUCCGAGCAUUGAAGAAUGUGCAUUUCACGACCGUAAUGCAUGGAAAAUUGAGGAAAAAGACACCGGAUUGGGCUCUUGAUCCCGUUUUCGUGGGCCAUAACGCAGAUUUUCCUGUAUGGUUGAGAGAACUACCCGAUGACAUGCAGAUCUCUUAUCCACAUGAUGGCUCUGCUCCCUGGAUUCCUUCUCAUUUCAUCGCCAACAUGCAUUCCUAUCACUAUCUGGGCAUCAUAAUGCACUUGCGACCGCAGCUACACGCCAUCUCAGAUCCGUACGAUGGGCUUUGGAAGCAACAUAUGCUGGCUUGCUACUCAGCAGCGAAAAACCUGUGCAAACUUCAAGAAGCCGUCUUGAAAACUUACGGUCUGCCCGGACUGUUGUGCAUGAUCAGAGGCAUCAGCUUCACGGUUUACGCUAUCCUUACUUGUACAAUGUUACACCUAGUCGCUAUCACCUGUCCCGACCCAGAUCUGAACAACGAUGCACGCGAAUUUUUCGUCCGCCAUAUGCGUAUAUUGGAAGAGUGCACUCCGGCUUGGCCUAUGCCUGAAAUGCAGCAGCAAGUGAACAAUCUUCGCCAGGCAUUUUCCGCCGAUGUGACAAAGCCUUUUGAGCUCAAGCCGACCUUUCCAUUUGGAAGCCCUCAAGUGCAUUCGCAAUCGAGCCCACCAAGCAAUCCGGGCUCUUUCCGAUCCCGUCUUCCAAGCCAGCAGUCACCACUGGAUCAACCAGGUCAGGUUAACUACCAUGCACACCCCAUCUCUCCACCGAUCUCGGCGUCCGAUCACGACACCACGGCUGACUCUCCCGUAGCUCAGUCCCUGGUCAUGAUGGCUUCUGGACAACGUGCCCCUCAAUCGACUACGGGAAUGCAAAUGCAAGAGACUGUUCCUUGGAACCCACAACGUAUCUUUGAUCAAUGGAAUGUCGCUUUUGGUACGCCUCCAAGCUCGGCGACUCAAUCCUCCCCACCGCUAAGACCGCCCCCCACAGGAACAGGCAACAAUUACGAAUUACGAUCUCCUCAGGAUGGCACUCCGUCGAAUUAUCAGAUACCUCACGUAUCUCCACAAGCGAGCGGUCUUUCGAGCGCCCAAUCCCAAGUACCAGCCACGACAACAUUCGCUACCCCUACUGCUACCUAUGUUACACCGACGAUGUGGCAGGAGGUAGUGGCGAGUUCGUUCCAGGACGGCUUGAAGCGUCGAUGGGAUCAUGGGCAAGCCCCGAUGAUCGAUCAGUCCAUGUACAAGAGAGCGCGAUGA